AUGGCACUCGGCAGCAUAACCAGCAAUAGUAAUCAUCAUCAGCAUCAACUAUACCAGCGACAGCUCAGUACAACGCGCAUCACUCAUCAGCAGCACCAACCGCCGCGUGCCAUCGCACCGGCGCCGAUACCACUCGUCUUGCCAGCCAUUGGCAAAACGUCCGGGGCGAAAUAUUAUGGCGGCGUCAGUGGCACCACACUCGACUCCAACAACCCGGCCGUAGUGCGACGCAAUGCACGCGAACGUAAUCGCGUCAAGCAAGUGAACAACGGUUUCACACAUCUACGCAAACACUUACCGCCUGCCAUCGUUGCAGAUUUAAGUAACGGCCGCCGUGGUAUUGGACCGGGUGCACUUAAAAAACUUUCCAAAGUGGACACACUGCGCAUGGCUGUGGAAUAUAUACGCCGAUUGAAGCGCGUCAUCGACGAAGUCGAUGAUGUAAAGCGUGCAAAUGCGCAAGCGCCAAGCAACGAUUGGUCGAAUAUGGCAACAAGCGCAUCCGAUUCGCCACCACCAACGCCACCCAAAGCGGACAUGCAGACGUCGUUGCUGGCUUCUAAAAUGCAACAACACUAUCAAGCAUUCAACUAUGCUAAUAGUUUGCAACAACAACAACAACAGCAAUUCAUCAACCUCAAAUAUCAACAGCCACAAUUGCAGCAAAAUGUGUUCAAUCCAUAUCCAGCGUUAAUAUCACCAGCUGGUUCAGUUAGCUCUAGCGUCGGCAGCGACUCGGAUGCGUCGUCAUUUUACAAUCAGCCGACAACGAUUUUGGCAGAGACGCAACAAUUUUCGCUGCCUCUGCAAAUGAAAUAUGAGCAACAGUACAAUGAGGUGGCAACGGCAUGCACCUCGGAUGAUGAGGAGGGUCUGCUGGACUAUAUCUCGUUGUGGUAG